UCCAGGAAAACCACCAAAGAAGUCGGCCUCGUGGGAUCAGUUUCUCUUUUUUGCCCCGACAGAUGGUAAGAAGAUGACUCCCCCACAAAGAAAGCGGCAUAAGACCCUACGCAGGCCAAAUUCACCCCUCCUCCGACCCAUGUGUGUGUCCGAUCGGUCGGGAGCUAUUCCUGCGAAAGCCAGGAAACAAUCAGGCGGGCGAAAGCGCGUGCAACGAGGAGGGUGCCCAACGGGCGACCGUGUAACCUGUCGCACAAAGGAACGCCACCGGCUGGGCUGCCUGACCUUUUAUCGUCAAGGUCCCUUUAUUGGGUUGGUGGUAUGCUGUCAUCAUCAUCAUCUGCAAAGGGAGCAUUACAACUGUGACACUGACGUUGCAAGCACUGACUCAAAGGAGUAGAAGCCGCAGUUAUGAGGGUGACAAGGAUGUUGGACAGCAGCUGCAAUUGCUGGUGCCAGGGUGUUGCCAAGCAGUGGCCGCGGUUAUGCCUCUCCUUUGUUGUGCUCUCAGUCAACUUGCUGCUGUCAUUCGGUAGCAUUCGAGGAGCCUUUGCUCGGAGAGACAUGUUGUGGGAAAGCUUGACAACGGAGCGACCGGCAGGAACGACUUUCGACAUCACAAAUGGUGUUUCCUUGAGUGGUGGGGCUCAAAAUCAUGUGGCAUCAUUUGCAUCAUUGGUCGGUGAGGAGACGGGUGGAACAAAGUGGGCUUUGCUGAUUGCAGGGUCCUCAGGAUACUGGAACUACCGUCACCAGGCGGAUGUCUGCCACGCGUAUCAGGUUUUGUCAAGGAAUGGUCUGAAGGAUGAGAACAUCAUAGUCUUCAUGUAUGACGACAUAGCUUACAACGAGGAGAAUCCACGACAGGGGGUGAUCAUCAAUUCUCCGAAUGGGAGUGAUGUUUACAAGGGUGUGCCGAAGGAUUACACAGGGGAUAGUGUACGACCAGAAGUUGUUCUGAGUGUGUUGGCUGGGAACAAGACGGCCGUGAAGGGCAUAGGCAGCGAGAAGGUGAUUGCGAGCGGUCCAGAGGACCAUGUUUUCGUCUUUUACUCGGACCAUGGUGGGCCAGGUACUCUGGGCAUGCCAGGGUGGGAAGAUGAGUUAUGGGCUGACCAGAUCAAUGAUGUUUUGGAGAAGAAGCACAAGGCAGGCGGCUUCAAGGAACUGGUGUUCUACUUGGAGGCAUGCGAAAGCGGCAGCAUCUUUGAAGGACUGCUGAAGCCUGAGUGGAAUGUGUAUGCAACAACCGCUUCGAAUGCGGAUGAAAGCAGUUGGGCAACUUACUGUCCCUUUGAUGACCCACCUCUUCCCCAAGGGUAUCAUGUCUGCCUCGGGGAUCUUUAUAGUGUCAGUUGGAUGGAAGACAGCGAAAACAGCAACCUUCUCCAAAAGACACUGCACGAUCAGUACGAGCUUGUCAAAUCUCGAACUCAGAAUGGGGACUAUGCACUUGGAUCUCAUGUCAUGCAGUACGGAGAUGUGAAGAGCGAUGUAGAUGUCUGUGCCAUGUACAUGGGAUUCGAUCCUGCUUUGGUUGUUGAUCCUAUGGUGAGAGCGCAGCCGCCGCGCCAACAGUGGGUGUCACAGCAGGACAUCGACCAUUUAGGAUCGGACUUCCUGACAUGGAAACAGAGGCAGCAAUCUGGCCGAAGGGUUCCUCAGCGUGAUGCUGACCUUGUCUAUUUCUGGACAAAAUACAAGAAUGCCCCUGAGGGAUCGGAGAGGAAACAGAAGGCUCUUUAUCAGCUUAGCCAGAUUACGUCCCAUCGCUCUCAUGUUGACCGCUCGGUUGGACUCAUUGCUUCCCUUAUUUUUGGGGCUCAGAACGCUGAGCAUAUGCUGUUGGCAAGAAGACCUAUGGGCCUUCCCCUCGUUGAUGAUUGGGAUUGCUUGCGGACUGCUGCCCGCACAUUCGAGUCCUUCUGUGGCCCUCUCCGGCAAUACGGCCUCAAGCACAUGCAUGCAUUUGCCAACAUGUGCAAUGCUCAUGUUUCCACGAAAACUCUUGAGGAUGUGGCAUCCCUGGCCUGCGCUGGUGUGGACCUCCACGAAUGGACAAUUGCCUAGACGACGUACAGCGCGUUGGGAUCUCACUUGCAGAACUUGCAAUUGAUACAGUCUCAUGCAUGCGUGGAGAGAAAGAAGGACUUCAGGGCUUAGGGAAGAGGAGGGAGCUUGAUCAUGUCGUUUCAACGAAGAAGCUAUGUAAAGUCUGAGGACAGUCAAAACAAGUGUGCAGGCCUUCAGAAGGAGGCUGCUUCCUUUCAAGUAACUACCUGGACUUGCCAUGGUGGGAACAACAUUGUAUAGUACUCUGGCCAUGUUCUUGUGCUAUAUAAAAGUAGACGCCUGUGUAAUUAUAGUAGAUGCCAUUCAUGUAAUAUAAUUGCCGAUUUUGUUCUCUCCCUCAGUGGGAAGAGAACAAUUUAGUUUUUAGGCUUGCAAGUUCAGUUUUAAGGCUUUCAUCCAGACACUUCCUUGUCCUCCACCUCUUCCUCCUCUACCUCCUCCUCAUCCUUCCUUCCUUCCCUCCUUCCUUCCGUCCUUUCCUUUCCUCCUCCUCUGUCCUUCCUUCCUUCAGUGAGCUUGAUGUUGAAUACCAGGUUAAGGGAAUGGGAACAAGAGCACAUCACUGAGGAGUUGUAGAGUAUGACAUUGUGGUGUGUGAGACGCAAGGACGAUCACGAUGAGGAUUGACAUAGGGGAGUAGGUGGCUGAUUCUAGUAUUCCAUGUUUAGCAAGUUAUCUAUAUAUUAUGGAUGAUGGCUGAGAUGAUCAUCUCAGCAGGAGGCAGAAGGAUGAUCGUGGUACUCGGUAUUGCAUACCAUGAACUCUGUGCGUUCACUGUGAAAGUAAAGCCUCGCGCAUUCA